AUGAGCCGAAAUUUGUGCGACGAAACAUUCCCCGGCAGCCUGUUGAUCGAAUUCGACGAGCUGGACGACGAGAUUCCCAUCAGUCCGGAACUUCCGAAACGCCACCAACCGGACGGCUUCGGGCGGCAUCAUUCAACGCUGACCGUUAGGGCAGGAGCUAUGGCCGAUAAGGCCACUGCGGACGAUCGUAAUGGUUCCCGUACUGUGAUCUCGGGUUCAUCGAACACUUCCAGCGGUCAUUCGUCGCUCUCAACCGAGGGAGAAAACCGAAGUGCUUCGAGCGAUCGCGACCUAAGCCGGGAUCUGAGCAAACGCCAGCUCAAGGACGUUGAUCUGGACGGUACGCGUAUGGAACAGCCGUCGCUGAAGACACGAAAAUUUCGGCCACCACGUUCGAUGGAAAGUCUGCUACAGCAGCAAGGGCACAGUGGCCACUUCAAGAAAUCAUUGCCUCCACGAAAGCGAGCUGGGCUCAGAACAGAUGAAUCCGUGGACGGCGAUUGCACGGGUAACGUGAGCGUUCUCAGCAACGGCCCACCCAACCAACAGCAUCAGCUGUACCAACGACAUCGUGCCAAAUAUGGGCACGUGCAGAGCAAGGUCAAACAGCUGAUAGACGAAAUGAAACCGACGGCUAGACGCGAUCGAAUGACUCUCGUGCGGCAUAAAUCGAUGCCUGAAACCUCGUUCGAUAUCGAUCCACGGCACGAGCAUGACGACACGCUCGAGCAGGAAACUGACAUGGACGCUCUACGUGCGAUGGUGCGUGAGAUGAAACUGCACGUGGGUAUCCUCGAGCAGCAGCUCAACCUGCAAGAUCUCCACAAUACGAACGCGUUCAACGAGCUUGCGGCGCUCAAGUGCAAGAACAGCGCGCUUCGCAUCGAGAACGACUUCCUGCUCGAGCAGGAGCGGGUGCGUGAACAACGUCGGCAGCUUUUGCGCCAUCCCGAGCAGCAUCCGGGCGGUUCGUGUUACGGUAGCCAGUCAUCCCUUCACAAGGCGAUCAUCAACUGCACGACAGCGACCCAAACGAGCCCGCAAUCGGGUACGGACGAGCCAUCCUUCGAGCUGCUGUUUGCUGCUAGUCCGCCAGCUAUCACAACCGGAUCACGCCCGCUCAUGGCCCUCCAGGCGUCCUCCACCGUGGAACUCGACACGGCGAUAGGGGAAUUCUCGCCGGACUACGAACAGUUGCUUCCGGUGGUGAGCCGUGAUGGUGAACCUUCUGACGCAUUCGAGCCCAAAUGCCAGAACGGGCGUUGUACAACUACCGAGCAAUCACCAGCUCCCAAAGGAUCCGAGACAGGCCAAGCGCCUGCCAUUGCGACCAGCCCCAGGUGUCGUGACUGCUGCCGUCGGAAGAAGAAACGCAAAUCACGCAAACAGAAGCUGGUCAGCUUGUUCUGCAUCCGGCGCCACGACGACUCGUUCUGCUAG